UUUGUCUCAUGCUCUCGAGCUCUCGAGCUUCACCGUCUUUCUUACCAAGUGACCUACCUGCCUACUCUCGACGACUUUCGCCCAUCCCUUCUAGCGCUUCUACUUCUCUCCCGUCCGGCUCAAUUGCUGCCGUACGCUUGUUAGGAACACAGUGUCGGAGUCAAUUCUUCGUGUCCGUGCGUCCCCGCGUCUGGUGUGGUCGUGACGUCCCGAGCAACAGCCCACCAAAAGCGCAAGCUCCAACGACGUAUCACUCUUCAGCCCGUUUGCAUCGGGCCGCCCGUUUCACGCGGUUUGCCUUCUCGACGCGCGUGAGACUAUUGCCAGCGAAAGGCGCGGCUGCACCGUCUUAUAAAACGCCGCCGACUUGCUCUUGUCCAGGUCCCGUCACUCGCCUCUUGUCUCCGCGCAGACCCAGUCCGCUGAUUACUUCGACAGAACCGGAGUUCAUCUUCACUCAUGCUUUGUUCCUUGUAUCACUGCCCAAGUAUAACAAUCCAUCCUCUUGGCGCUCAAGAGAAUCUUUCACUCUGCCAUCCUCUUCUGGCAAGCACUUUAUUCCGCGUUUCCUCGUCACCUACAGCAUCCGUUCGAUUUAGCUCAUCCUCAUGUCCACAGGGAAUAUUAGCUUGGUUGUCAGCAGCAACAAACCUACCUUAGCUUGCCAUGGCUGAUAGAGGAGGCCGGGGCGGCCGGGGACGGGGCGGCAGCGACCGCGGCAGCGGACGUGGCCGCGGAUCUGCUGAGAGAGGCCGCGGUCGAGGUGGCGGCUCCCGAGGGAGCUAUCGCGGCGAUAGCCCUGGCCUCGGAUACGGCGGCGGAGAUUCUGGUCGUGGUCGCGGCGGAGGCUCUCGAGGGGCCUACCGCGGCGACAGCCCUGGACCUGGCUACGGCAGCGGAGACUCUGGCCGAGGCCGCGGGGGUUACUCCCGUGGAGGUGCCCGUGGCGGGCGAGGAGGGCGAGGCGGCCGUGCCGAAAACCCCGAACUCUCCAAGACAUACAGCAUGAACGGCACAUACCCGUCACCCGAUCCCAGCAUCACCGCCAUAGAAGACAUGAUCGUUAGCUCCCAGUCUGGAUCCCUGACUGGCCUAACGUCGCAACUAGGAAAGGUGAGCCUUGAGUCCGGUCGCGCUGGUAGCUCCAGUAGCACUACCUCAACGGAUUUGUUCCCUCUGCGGCCCGCGUUUGGCUCUACCGGUCGGCCUGUUAGCCUCUGGACAAACUACUUCCGGGUCAAUGCCAACCCAACGGUGCUUUUCAGGUACCACCUUGAAUUCGCUCAGGUUACGACCGAGACCACCGGCGACAAUGCCCAGACAGAGUCGACCAAAUCUGCUCGGGACGUUAAGGGUCGCAAGCUCUACCUGGCCGUCGAAGCCGCGCUCAAAACCCUACGAGGCACCGACAGAUCUAUUGUGCUCGCCACCGAGUAUAAGAGCCAGCUCAUCUCCCUCAAAAAGCUGGUCCUGGCCGAGAACCCUUUCCAGAUCCGUCUACCAGUAGAGACGAGCCAGACAAAGGUCGACGUCAUUGAUGUUACCGUACAUGGCCCGUCCGAAGCACCUUUGGAUUCCUUGCUCGCUUAUAUGGCAUCCAUGCGCGACGGCCCCAAUGACGGCAUUUUCCCAAAAUACCCAGACGCUGUCGAUGCCCUCAAUGUCAUACUGGGUCACGGGCCGCGCUCUAAGUUGAAUGAUGUAGCGGCGGUUGGCAGCUCACGCUUUUUCCCCUUUGGUGCGAACAAGGCCACGGCCAGCCUCAACCACGAUGGCCAUCUGCUGAUGGCGGCACGCGGCUUCUUCCAGUCAGCACGCAUUGGCACGGGCCGGUUACUUCUCAACGCGAACGUGACACACGGCGUGUUCAGGGUAUCUGGGAAGGUGGACAGGCUCUUUGAAGACCUUGAGCUGAGGCCUGUCAUGACGAGUGAUCGCUAUGGGCUUCGUGUCAUGAAGGCUGUCGGCAAGUUCAUGCCCAAAACUCGCGUUUGGGCCGAUUUCAUGCUCUCCGACGGGAGGAAAGUGCGCAAGGCCAAGACGAUCCACGGCCUCGUCGCGGCAACAGAGCUCACCAAGAAGGGCAAAGCAGCGGCCACCGAGAAACCACUCAAGUUCACGCGGAACUAUGAAUACCCGGGCCCCAAAGAGGUCGAGUUCUGGCUCGAGGUCAGCGGAAACGGACGCUACAUCUCCGUUUACGACUACUUCCUGAUGAAGUACAAGAUGCAGCUCAAGGACCUGCCUCUCAUUAACUUGGGCCGCGCAGACAAGCCGACGCUUUUUCCGGCCGAGAUGAUCGAGAUACAGCCUGGUCAGUCGGUCAAGGCGAAGCUGACCAUGAGUGAGACGACGGCCAUGCUGGACAUUGCCUGCCGCACUCCGUACGCCAACGCGCUAUCCAUCAGCGGCGACGCCCGCAACACGCUUGGGCUGGACGACGAGAGCCUCUCCAGCUUUGGCGUGUCCGUCGACAAGUCGCUCUUGACAGUACACGGGCGCGUCUUGAAUAUCCCCAUGCUUUCGCUCAUGACCGAGAAGAAGCGGGCCGACGAGUUCAUGCCCAAGGACGGCAACUGGAACUUGAACGGAAGGAUCAUUGCUCGCGCCGGCCGUCCGAUCGAGCGAUGGACAUAUCUUGAUAUCAUGAAGCGGACAGAAAACCCUGCAUCUGUGAGCAUGAUGAAGAAUUUCGCCGCGCAACUUAUCAAGACCGGAAUCCCCAUGUCCACGGAUCCCGUCAUGCCGCCCCAUGGCAAGCUUUUCAUUUCUCGCGACGAGGCUAUGGGCAGCAAGUUGAACAACUUCUUCGCUUGGGCACAAAGGGAGAACGUGCAGUACAUCUUCAUCAUCUUACCGGAGAAGGACAGUUCUGGGCUCUACCCGCGAAUCAAGACACUGGCAGACUGCGAAUAUGGCAUUCACACCAGUCUCGUAUUGGCCAAGCACAUGGGUCAGAACGGGCCCAGCCCUCAGUAUGCGGCCAAUGUCGGGCUCAAGGUUAACCUAAAGAUGGGCGGCCUGAACCACAAGCUCAAGAACGACAUUGGCUUGCUGAGAGAAGGCAAAACAAUGGUUGCCGGGUACGACGUGACACACCCGACCAACAUGCCGGAGAGGAAGGAUGGCAAGGAGAUUCCGAGUCUGGUCGGUCUGGUGGCAAGCAUCGACAAGGAUGUCGGGCAGUGGCCUGCGACGUCGUGGGAGCAGUCAGCGAGGCAGGAGAUUCUCAGCGACACGCUCGUGGAGGCCUUCAAAUCCCGCCUCGACCUCUGGGCCCGACACAACCGAUCCUAUCCUGAGAACAUCAUAAUCUUCCGCGAUGGCGUUUCAGAAGGCCAGUUCCCGCAGGUGCUCGAGCAGGAGCUCCCGUCGAUCCGCAAAGCCUGCGCCGAGAAGUGCGGAAGCAAGCAGCCGAAGCUGACGAUUGUUGUGUCGGUGAAACGCCAUCAAACGCGCUUUUACCCAACGUCAGCCACCGACAUGUCCAAGUCCGGAAAUGUGGUAAACGGCACCGUGGUGGACCGUGGCAUUACACAGGCUCGCUACUGGGAUUUCUUCCUCACUGCCCACCAUGCGCUGAAGGGCACCGCGCGGCCUGCGCAUUAUACGGUUCUGCUCGAUGAGAUCUUUCGCAACAAGUAUAAGGCCAACGCCGCCAACGAGCUGGAACGGUUGACACACGAGCUCUGCUACCUGUUUGGCCGGGCCACGAAGGCGGUGAGCAUCUGUCCUCCGGCGUACUAUGCCGACAUUGUCUGCGAACGGGCCCGCGCGCAUCGGCCUGAGAUAUUCGACGCGGACGACGCGUCGUCAAUUGCGUCGAUGUCGACUACUCGUGGCACGAACCGUCAAGUGCACGUCAAUCUCAAGGACAGCAUGUACUACAUUUGAGGCCAAGUCUGAGAAGGGUCUGUCGAGAAUUGAGGCAGUUGGAGUUGGCGACAAGGGUAUGCCGAUGUUGGGCGUCGGUACUUGGAAAAAGUCGCUUAGAUUUAGACCAAAAGGUAUGGCGAGACAUAGAGUGGCGCACGUAACAGAUGCACUUCUCGCUGGCACUUACGGACUCCAUCCUCGUGUAUCGCAGGCGACCAUUCUUUGUAUCAGCAACGCCAUCCAAUGUCUAAUAUUCGAGG